UACAGACCUGGAUCUGCCCCCUGACAGGCUGCGUGAACUUGAGCAGGACUUUUCUGGUCCUGGAUUAGACCAUCGGACUCCAAGAUUCCUUCCAGAUCUAAUUCUUAAGCUCUUUCCUCCCGGAGGUCCUAAGGAGUUGGGCCGGCGGGCAGUGUCUUCCUGAAGCCUGCUUGGCACCACGGGAGCGGGUCGUUUGCCCCAGUCUGGGGAGAAUAGACUAGAAAGAAAUUCCUGGUGGUGAGGGGCUUUAGAUGCAGAGUUGGGAUAUCUAGGAUCUCAGGCUUAAAAGCUGAAAGGUACCCGAGAGGCCAUAUUGUCCAGCUCUUUCCUUUUACAGACAGAGAAGCUAUGACUUCCUCUGCAGACAGUAAGCAUCUGAAUUGGGAUUCAAACCCAGGUUAUCUCGCUCCGAAUCCACUGGAGAUCAUCCCAUCCCAUUGGUCCAGCUGACUCAGCGCUUUUUUCCUGACCCAAAGUCAGUGGAGGAACUCAAUGGCCUCUGGGCUACCACAGGUGCCCCUAGCCCGGGCUGACCCCGGGGUCUUGAACUCCAGCAGCCCAGCUCCACAACCCACGCUGGUACAUCCCUCUCUCCUGUGCAAUCCCUGACAUCUGCCACUAGGGGGCCGUGCCCCUCUCUCCUGCUUCUAGCUUUUCUCCCCUUCCGUUUACCCACAGCUGUUUCCCGCAGGAGAUUGACAGCUGGGCUCCCUGGUUGCCAUGGGGAUAGGCAAAUGAGGGCGGACCUGCUGGGGUUCCGAUUGGCCUGGGGGCUGUUGCCCCCGCCCGGGGAGGCGGGCUCGGGCACCGCUCUCUAUAAAAGGGCUGAGUGCUGUCUUCAGCGUUUCAAUCUUGAUGAGGAGGGGUAGGGGGGGGGGGCGCUGGGGCGGGCCGGGCCGGGCCGCGCGGGGCAGCUUAGGAAACCGUGGGAAGAGGAGGAGGUGGGAGCAGCAGCGGCAGUAGCAAUUGCUGUGAGAGCAAAGGAACAGCGAUCAUUGCAACCCGGCGAAGACAGAAAGGCGCUGGAGCUGCGGGUGGGCACUCGCUCCAGGAGCCCCAUGCGUGCCAGGCCCGGGUGACUUUCUCAGCGAAGGCGCACGGGAAGCAGGCGCCGACCAGGACGGCCAAAGAGUUUCCAGGCGGAGGCAAGGCAGUGGGGGCCUCCCAGCACUUCAGUGAGUUCUCUCAGCCAAACUUUUCUGCUUUCCCCCUCCAAAGCCGGCGCGCCCCCCUCCUCUCUCGCGGGAAAGUGUUCUGCUCUGUUCCCCCCUCUCUCAGCCGCCGCCGCCCCAACUUCAGAUACCCACCGCAGGCCGGACCAGGACUUAUACACUUCGCGCCCCCUCGAGGGAAGCCUGCAGGAGGUGGGGGCGUGCCCAGACCCCCGAUUUAAUUACUCUUGUGAGGGGGGGGAGAGGCUCAACGGCUCCCCCCCCCCCAUCGCCCCCGCCCCCAGUUCUCGCCUUUGACCCCAGCCUGCCCGCCCCGUCGGGUGGUGACAUCCUCCUCCCCGCUGCCCUUGAGCUGUCAGGGCGCGGGGGGCGGGCCAGGGCAGGGCCUUCCUGAGAUGGCCUCGGAGCUGGCGAUGGGCGGCGAGCUGCCCAGCAGUCCCCUGGCCAUCGAAUACGUGAACGACUUCGACCUAAUGAAGUUCGAAGUAAAGAAGGAGCCCCCUGAAGCGGAGCGCUUCUGCCACCGCCUUCCCCCAGGCUCACUCUCCUCCACGCCACUCAGUACCCCCUGCUCCUCAGUCCCAUCUUCUCCCAGCUUCUGUGCCCCAAGUCCAGGCACCGGCGGCGGCGGCGGCGGCGGCGGUGGAGGAGGAGGAGGAGCGCCCACAGGGGGGCCCCCUGGACCGCCGAACGGGGGCCCAGCAACCGUCGGAGCUGUGUCUGGCAAGCCCCAGCUGGAGGACCUGUACUGGAUGAGCGGCUAUCAGCACCACCUCAACCCCGAGGCGCUCAACCUGACCCCGGAGGACGCUGUGGAGGCGCUCAUCGGCAGUGGCCACCACGGUGGCCACCACUCGGCCUCAGCCUACGAGACCUUCCGGGCUCAAGGUUUUCCGGGAGGCGGCGGAGGCACCGGGGAGGAGCUGGGGCCUGGUCACCACCACGGUGGCCACCAUGCGGCUCACCACCAUCACCAUCACCCGGGCCACCACCACCACCAUGGCGCAGGCCACAGCCAUGGCCACCACGUGCGCCUGGAGGAGCGCUUCUCCGACGACCAGCUGGUGUCCAUGUCAGUGCGCGAGCUGAACCGACAGCUGCGCGGCUUCAGCAAGGAGGAGGUGAUCCGCCUGAAACAGAAGCGGCGGACCCUGAAGAACCGUGGCUACGCGCAGUCCUGCCGCUACAAGCGGGUGCAGCAGCGGCACAUCCUGGAGAGCGAGAAGUGCCAGUUGCAGAGCCAGGUGGAGCAGCUGAAGCUGGAGGUGGGCCGGCUGGCCAAAGAGCGGGACCUGUACCGGGAGAAAUACGAAAAGUUGGCGGGCCGGGGAGGCCCCGCGGCAGGGGCCGGAGCCGGGGGGCCCGGGGCAGCGGCCGGGGCAACGGGCAGCGGCAACGCAGGCUUCCCCAGAGAGCCAUCUCCUCCCCAGGCCGCCCCUGGGGCGGCCAAAGGGGCAGCCGAUUACUUCCUGUGAGCUUUGCCCCUUGCCCGGGCCACGGCUGGGGCUCCGGGCAGACUUCGGGGAGUGAGCGGAGGAGCGACCAAAGCACGGAUUCUGCCCCUCUCCUCUCUUAACCAGCGCUCCCCGUGCCUUUCCAUUUCCAAAGGCCUCGGCGGCUCUGUCCGAGAAUCGGGGCUCUGGAGCCUGACCCGGCCCAAAGGCGCUGGUGAACUUUGUAAAUAGCCAGAGCUCCGAGGGAGGGGGGCGAUAGCCCCUGAAUUCUGGGGGCUACAUCACUGUCCUGAGUCUUAACCUGGGGCCGGGUUGGGAGGGUUUGGGGGCCGCGGAGGUAAAUGAAUGAGAGGAAAAGAGGUUCCGCUGAGGUCGCCUCUCCACUAAACUUUUCCUAAGACUUUGUAGAGCACUAGCCCUAACAGCUCUCCAGGCCGCUCGGAACUGCCGCUCCCAUGUCAACUCCCACCCCGCCGGGCCUCCCUGCAUGCGGGCCAUGUAUGGACUCGGGGGGGGCUCCUUGCUCGGACCUGAGGCGCGUUCCCUCUCCAGCACUUUGGCGCCUUUAGAGUUUUGCAUCCUUUUCAUUCUACCCCAGUCUCCCGAACCCAACUCUGCGCACAGAAAAGUCUUAAAGGGCCAGACCAGGGCACACUUAUGGAGGCCUGGGCGUCUCCCGGCCCUAACCUCGGGAGGUAACUGCAAUCUCCAACUCGGGGAUGGCGGGCACCCUGCAUAGCUGCCCCAGUAGGACGUCUUCUUCCCCCAGCAGGGUCCAGGAUUCCCUCCAGGCUUGGAGUGUGAGCGGGAGGGGACUUAGCCUGCUUGGACUCUGUUCCCGCCGGUCCCUUCAGUUAAGAUGGUGCUGACCACGGGGAAAAUGUUCGUUAUUAUUGCUACUACUAUCAUUAUUAAUUAUUAUUAUUAAUCUUAUUGCUAUGAGGAUGGAGAAUGGUUAUUUUAAACAGGAAACUUGAGCCAGAUUUAACUUAUUUAAAGGAGGCCACUUGUACAUAUGUAGAAUUUAGGUUUGGAGGGCUCAGCUCUCAUCCUUUGCUCUUGCUCCUUCUCCACCUUUCUCUUUCUUCUUCUUCUUCUUCUUCUUCUUCUUCUUCUUCUUCUUCUUCUUCUUCUUCUUCUUCUUCUUCUUCUUCUUCUUCUUCUUCUUCUUCUUCUUCUUCUUCUUCUUCUUCUUCUUCUUCUCCUUCUCCUUCUCCUUCUCCUUCUCCUUCUCCUUCUCCUUCUCCUUCUCCUUCUCCUUCUCCUUCUCCUUCUCCUUCUCCUUCUCCUUCUCCUUCUCCUUCUCCUUCUCCUUCUCCUUCUCCUUCUCCUCACCCUCCCCUUUUCUCUGUCUCCCCAUCCUUUUCACUCUCUGUCUCUCUCUCUCUGCCUGUCUUCUUUCUCUUCCUUCAUCUAUUACCUUCCUAAUUCAAUUGAAUUUCACUUCCCUUCCCUCUUUCUACUUUUCUAUUUUGCUUGAUGAUUUUAAAAACAAAAACAGGAGGGAAAAAGUAUCCCCCCAAGCUCUGAGUCUUAACCCCAAAGUUUCUGUCCCAGCAUGUGCGAGACCACUGAGUGAGCAGCUGCCUGCCGUCUGCCCCAGAACCCCGGGAGGCCUGCUGGCCCUCCCUCUCAGCCACCCGUCUCUGGGCGGUUACCCUGCCAGCCGGUCCCUAAUGCGGGUCCCAGCUCUGCGGGCUGCCCGCCCACUGCUAUUGGCGUUUUUUUUCUUUUCUUUUGUUUUGUUUUUUGGAAAUUUAAACCAAGAGAAAGUAUCUAUCUAUGCUGUUUAAUCAUACUACUACUAUUACUGCUACUCUGGGGGGUUGGGGUGGGUCGAGGGUGGGGGGCCGUGCAGGUGGAUUGGAGACAAACUCCAGCUGGCGGCCUGCGGCAGUGGCCGGAGCAGGCGGACUUGGGCCGCGGGCUGUUAUUUCUCUAUGCACCAGAUUGUAUUUAUUAUUCCCUGGGAAACGAAUCUUUUUUUUUUUUUGUCCUGGAAGAGGAGUGAAAGAACAGAAUGCUCAGGGUUUCUAGCAAACCCAGAAUUGACAAGCCGAGAAGGAAAUGAGGCCCAGGCCGCGAGGACUUUUUUUGUACCUUUUAAUUUAAACUACUUUGUUCCGUUUGCGUUUUUUAGUUUUAUUUUAUUUUAUUUUAUUUUGGAAAGCCUGAUGGCCUUUGGGGGGAGGGGGCCCUCGGGGCCGAGCGCAAGAGGAGAUGCGCCCAGCCUGGAGAGCUUAGCCCGCGGUUCCCCUGCAAUCCCGGCUACCCCCGAGUCUGGCCGGGUUUCUGGCCCUUUCUUUUGUCCUUUAGUUGGAGUCCUUCUGCUCGGUCCGGCUUCUUGGGCCCUGGGAGUGGCCCCUCCUCCCCAAGCGUGGGGCUGACUUUUUCCUUUCCUUUCCUUUCCUUUAUUUUAUUUUUUCCAUUUGCUACGAAAACUGAGGAAAGAGAAAAACGAAUAAACCUGUUGAGAUGGAAGCGUCGCUGUCACCUCCGCUGCUCUGUUUGGGGGGGCUGAGUCCGAGUCCUGUUUCUCUCUGGGGCUAGCUGGGGGAGAUGGUGUGGAAGCUGAUCCGAGGCAGGGAAAUAGGGAGUAGUCUCGGAGGCUCGAAGGGUCCAAGACUACUGGGAGAGGCCCAGCGAGAAAGGGUGGCGAUCGAGGCCUGGGCGAGAGGCAAUCGGGGCGGGGCAGGGCAGGGCAGGGAUUGGGACUGAAACUGACCGGGCCUCAGUUGAGAAAUGAGCCGCCCUGCCCGCAACCGGCCGGGUCAGCUGCCCUUCGGUCGCUUUGGAUUGAUGGUUGUCGGGUGUAUGGGAGCAGGGAGGGAGAGGGCUGGUUUUAGUUUUUAUUUUUGUUUUUCCUACUCUUAAAACGAAGCCUCAAUAAUCAAACGGAAGUUAGACUGGGAAGGCUCGAGGUUAGGCUUGGUCAUUGACAUCAGUCUCCCAGUUUCUUCUGAUAGCACUAUAUCUAGCUUGUGUGCAAACCACCUUUCCUACGGAAAGUGCCCAAGUGCGGUCCAGGUUUCCCGAGGUGAAGGUGGGGACUCCGAUGGGGAGUGGGGAGACCCAAGAAGGAGGGAAUGUUGAGCUCCAGGGAGACAAGGCUUAAGAGAGACAAAGUCGGAGACGUCAUUCCCAGGCUGGUUAAAACAGACCCUUCGUGUAAAGUGAUGGAGCGCAUUUUAUCUUCCUGAACAGAACGUGUAUGUGGUGUUGUUCCUGUGGUUCGGACUGUGGCUGGAACGUUUGGAGCCCUAGGGAACUCCCAGCCCAGCCCCGACGGUCAGACUGAUGGGCACUUCCAGGGACCGCAGGGGAUAUAUGAGCACAGCUCCCUCUCAUUUAGGAGAAUUUGCUUCUUGAUCCAUUCGGCCCCCUUAGUCCUAUUCAGUAGUUCUCUGGGGAAAACCAAAGUUUCUACACUUUGGGGGCCUGGCUUGGUGGCUUCCUCAGCACCUUGAAUUGUGCCCUACUUGGGAUGUGUGGCGAUCUGCUUUGUUUGGUUUUGUUCUUGUUUUGGGGGACCAGAGGAACCAGAGGAAAAAAAAGGUCUUUCCCUUCUUCUUCCUGGUUUCCUCUGGCUCCUCGAUUGUUCACCUGGCUACCCCGUGCUCAGCAGAGCCCACUUACCUGUAGUAAGCACUCGGUAGGGGUUUGUGGAUUUCGGAGAUGCUAGAACGGCCUUGGUUUUCUUCGCCCUUGGGUGUGGGUGGUAGUGGAAUUAAAAAACAAAAAACCUUCCUACCCACAAGUGCCUGGUUGCUUCUGUCAAGUCCUGGGCUGCAGCUAAGAGGAUUGAGACUUGAUCGAGAGGGCUGCUCCUUCUCUGAGCCUGAGGAGGGAGGGGACAGGGGGAGAAUGCCAUAGCUGGGGGCCCUGUGUGAGUGUGUGUGUGUGUUUGGAAAGUAGACUUAGGGAUCGGGUGCAAUGAAAGAAACAAAAACAGAGAUAAGGAGGACAGGAGAUGUGGGUAGGGAAGUGUAUUCCUUCCCCAGAAUUAAAACCUCUUCUGACAGAUGUUGUCAAAUGAGCAGUUCAAAGACUCCAGUUUUGAAGCCAGAGCUAGUAGGGAGGCAGCCCAGAGGGCCUAUUUGUGUGAUUUCUUAGUCUCAGCCAUUGCAAGAAAAAAGCUUGCAGCUUCUUCUCCCAGCCACUCCAGCAGCCUGGAGCCCAGAAUUGGGAGCAGAAACAUCAGACACCGCAAUUUCUGCUGGCACAGCUGCUCUGGAGUGGGAGAUGAAGGCAGCAUUUCUUUCUGCAGAAAAAUUGGAGAGAUCAGCCUUAGCUAGGCUGGGAAAUGGGGGACUUGUGUCAGAAUAAGGGGAGAAGGUGGUGGGGAGCGGCAGGCUGUGGCUAAAGUGAGCUAUGCCCCUUAUCUUGUUUCCUGGAAGGAAAGAAAAAAACCUGCUGUGGAGACUGCUAUCCCGACUCUGGGAGUAUUUUUCUUUUGGAGGCAGGGUUCAUAGCUAACACUUAUUCCCUUUUCCAGCAUGUCCACUAACCUGGGCCACAGUGGGAUGGGACUCAAGAUUUAUUCCUUUAGAUAAUUUUAUUGUCUGGAUCCAGUUUUUCCCUUUCAGAAAGGAAGAAAGGAAUUGUCUCAUUUAUGUAGGACUUUUAAGUUUUAGUGAACCCAUCAAGACUUUGAGUCUCAGUUUCGUCAUCUGUAAAAUGCAGAUAAUAUCUGUAGCAAACCUUAAAGCUAUUUCAGCUAUCAUUAUUUAUUACUAUCUACAUUUUACAAAUGAGGAAACUGAACCUUUGAGAGGGUAAGCAAUUUGUCUGUUAUCGUAGGGAAAUUUGUCUGGGAACAAAGAAAGACCUCAAAUAGGACCAGAUCUGGGGAUGAGGUCUAUGGAUCUUGGAGCCCUGGGAUUUGGGAACCUUCUUUUCCCAGAGUCUCCAGACUCUUUCUUUCUCUUCCCAUCAUGUGAGGACUAGUAGGGAUGCCUUUCCUAGGAGUUGGAGCCAUAGAAGAAGAAGGGGGGUUUCGUUAUUGUCCUCUGCCAGCAAGUGGAACCUGAGGUGGUAGAAGGAAUGAAAGGACGACUUUCUGCCAUCUGAAGAAGAGUAAGGUAGGGAAUUAGGAUCUAGUUGUCUUUGGUCCAUUUUCUUUUCCAGUCCCUUUACCCAGUGAGUGACCUGAAUAUCCUGAAAUUCCACCCAGGUCACAUAUUUUUGGAUGAAUCUGAUGGUAAGGGCAGAGGAAAAUGGUAAAUCGGAAUACAAAAAUUGGCCCUUCCCUUUUUGUAGUGCAUGACAGCUUUGAGGAGAGGAAAUUUUCCAUUUCUAUGCUUCCCUAAGGUUCCUAAAGUGCUUUCUCUGUGCCAAUUCUAUGAGGAAAGUAAAAAGGAGAACAAGGAGUGGUUAUGAGAUAUGGGGCCCUAAGUGACCCACAAUCAGAGUAAUUGACAAGGAACAAGAGUCAGGAUUUGAACUCAGGUCUCCUGAGCCCAGGGCCAGCAAGAGUUUUAAACCUGGGGUAAAGAGGAAAUCACCAUCUGGUGACCCAGGUUGAGUAGUGGAAGCCAAGAGCCCUGGCUUUCUUCCCUUUUAUUUGGAUGACCUUGGGCAAAUCAUCUCACCUCUGGAUUCCUCUCCUUCAUCUGCAAAAUGAGGAUCCAUAAAACACAGAAUAAAGUACUUUGGAAACCUUGAAACACUAUAUAAAUGUCAGUUAUUAUGAUUUUAGGAUGCCAAGAACCCUUUGUACCUUCAUGUUCUUAGAGAGCUGCCCUCAGCUCAGAGAGAUUGAGUGACUUACUUGGUCAUGGUCAGGUAUCGUGGAACUGAAAGAGACAGGCUGGAGGCACAGGCCUUUACUUUCCACAUCUCUUUUCUCUAUGCUUUGUUGGAUAUCAUCGUGACAAAUUAAUAUUGGUGAUAUUUAUUCAUAAUUACUAAUAAAUGAGAGUGCCGUACUGGCUGAGCGCCUGAUCUCCUUCUAGCUCUCAAGCUGAUGGUACCACCCAGCAGGUUUUGUCUGCACCCACCUACACUCACCCCAAAUGAUAUCCAACCCUACUUCCCGAUGGAUGGUAAUUAUAAGAACCUUCAUUUUUACAGUGCUUUGCAGAUUACAUUUUGUUUGGUCCUCACCACAGCCUUGUGAGCUAAAAAGAAUAGGUAUCGUUUUCCCUCUAGUAUAACUAAGGCAACUGAGGCAUAGAGAUCUAAACCCACUUCCCUUGGAGGACAAAUCCAAAGCUCUUUCUGCUUCAUUGCUUUCCACUGCAGAGCUGACAGCCUGGGUUCUCAGAACUUAGAGCUAGAAUGGACAUUAGAGAGGAGAGUCCAAACUCCUUAUUUUACAGAUAAGUAAACUGGGCUUCCUGCCUCCUGUCCUCCUCCCACCCCUUUUCACCCCCCAGGAUGGAAGGUAAGUCACCUUAGGAGGAAAGGCUUUAAGGGGGCAUCUUGCUCAACGACAAACGGUUUGCAGUCCUAGGCUGAGGCUUCACCCCUGGCUUGGCUCUGACAUUCUGGCCAUGAGCUCAGUUUCCCAGGUUCAGUCUUUUGUCUCUCCUAGGGUGGCCCCUCAGCUUAUGAUCUGACUUUCUACUGGGUCACAGUGUCCAUUUCGUCGUAGGGGUCCCGAGAUUGAGCAUAGCCAACUGAAAGGUUUGUGUGCCUGUGAGUGUGUGUGUCUGUGUGUAUGUGUGUGUGUGUGUGUGUGUGUGUGUGUACACACGUAUGCACUAGA